AUGAUAAAUCCAUUGACUGGGUUUCUAAGCAGUGCCAUAGGUCUGCCAGAGCCUACGCUUCGAUUACUAUCUACUGUCUUGUUGGGCUAUGGGGCAGCCUAUGCGUACAAGCAAAAAUUCUCGGAUAAAGCAACAACAGGCAAAUCUAAUGCCUCUGCCGCACAACGCACACAAUACCUACUCUGCUGGGGAUUAGGCCUCAAUUUCUUCUUCAACAUGCUUAGCAUCUAUCACAGUUUGGCUACAGUAGGCGUUAGUUACGGUAUUUGUCUUGUCGUGGGGGAGCAGAUGAAGGAUCGCAAAUUGGCUGCUGCUGGUGUUUGGAUCUUUAACGCCGUCUAUUUGCUGCUCGGUUACUAUUACAUGCAGACAGACGACUACGAUAUUACAUGGACCAUGACACAGUGUAUCCUGUGCUUGCGUAUGAUGGGCUUUGGAUUCGAUUAUUACGAUGGACGCAAAUUAGUGCCUGUUGCAGGCCCUCCCUCACAAACCGAGCUCAAAACGAUGCCCAAGGAAGAACUUAAUAAGGCCGCCAUCAGAGAAACUGCCAACAAGAAGCCGCCUGCUGUUUUACCCUUGUCCUUUUUGGCAGAUACACCACUUGUGCAAUUACCAAGCUUCGUUGACAUGCUUGCGUAUGCCAUGUUUCCCUCUGCUUUCUUGGUAGGGCCUCAAUUCUCUUUCUCGUUAUUCAAAAAGUGGAUCAAUCACAAUGAUCGGGAUGUGUUGACAAGCGAGCAAAAGGAUGAACGGGAUCGUGCGCAGACCUUGUAUGUUUGGCGUUGUGUGGUGUUGGCCAUCAUCUAUUUGGGUGCUCAACAAACAAUUGGUGCUAAAUACUCGACUUCUUACUUGCUGACCGAGGAAUACAGCGGAUUGCCAUUGUGGCAGAGAUUAUUGAUCUUUCCCAUUGCUGGAAAAUUCGCAUAUGUAAAGUAUAUCGGCAUUUGGUUAUUGACAGAAGGUGCUUCUGCAUCAUUUGGUAUUUCAUAUGAAGGAAAUAACGAGGAAGGUCAUGCUCUCUUUGGUGGAUUAGCAAACGCACUGCCCGAUACCUUUGAAACUGCCACUUCCAUUGAUCAUGUCAUUGCUGCAUUCAACAUCAAUACUAACCUCUGGAGCAAGUACUAUGUGUUCAAGCGUCUCAAGUUCCUCGGUAGCAAGGAGGCAUCUCAGUUUGGUACUUUGGCUUUCUUGGCCAUCUGGCACGGUUUCCAUGCCAUGUACUUUAUUACCUUUUUGUUGGAAUUCCUCUACGUUCAAUGUGAACUUGUGCUUCGUAAACGUCUUGUGCCUGUUGUGCAACCCUAUACCAAAAAGAACGAUAUCUAUUACAAGGUCUGGAAGUUCACUGCUUGGGUCACUUGUCAGUUGUGUAUCACCUAUGCAGUGGUUGGCUUCGAGUUAUUGAGCUUAAAGAAGUCUUUCAUUGCUUACAAGAAUGUCUAUUUCCUUGGCCAUAUUGCUAUCGUCGUGAUUCUCGGCGGAAACAUGCUCUUGCCCAAGCCCAUGUCUCUCAAGAAGAAAAGUCAGUAG